AUUUCUAUAUAUUGUCGGAGGUCGAUAAACAAGUAUAAUAUAUAAUGAUGUGGAUGAGCCUAACAGAGUAUAAACAGUAUUUUUACAUUAUCUAUAAGGCUAUUCCAUACAGGAACAUAAGGCACAUAUAAAGAUAAUUAGGUAACUUCAAAGGAAGGAGAAAUGCGUUCAAACACAUGAAAUGUAAUUAUAGUCAGCCCUAACGUUACAGCACCCCUUUAUUCUCAUCCAUCGUUAUCUGCAAAGGUAAAAUCUUCAUUAAUGCACAUUAUUUAAUGUUGGUGUAAUCCAUUCGGAAAAGGUCCAUUUUAAAAAUCGCUUUAUGGUUGCUUGCAUUUAGCCUAAACAAUAAUGUUUGUGCUAUGGGGAUUUUCUAUCACUUAAGGCCAUGUUGGCUUAACAAUGUAUAGAUUUCAUGUCAAUAAUUCAGCUAGGUUUAGUAGUAGAUAUCAACUGUCAUUAUGAAUGUGACUAAACAUUGAUGGUUGAACACAAGGUCCAUCAAGCAUCCUUUUACAUUAUUUUGUUUAUUCUAACAGUUCUGCUUUUCUAACAUAAUAAAUCCUGUAGGUCCUGUUGCAGGAUAAAUUAGUGUUUUUAUUUUCCUCUGUCUUACAGAUCCCGUCUUUUCCUGCCCUUCAUUAUCCAUCUCUUUAUUUAAAGCAAAACAACGGCUCUUUUAAGAGCCACUCUUUUCUGUACUACAUAAACACACAGGCAUAUCACUCACUCACUCACUCACUCACUCACUCACACACCCAAUCACUGUCUGUCCGUCUGUCUGUCCGUCCGUCCGUCUGUGUCUCUAACUCCAGAAGCCACUGUCUCCAAGUAAGUAUUGGUACUUUGUUCUCAAUCUUAUAUAUAUUCUAUCCUUAAGCCAACUCACUGUCCAAACAUACAUGCCCUUUUACUUUUACUGGACUGUGCCUAAUCCUCCUACACUGUGUUCUUAUUUUUCUAAUCAAGCUGUUUAUGCUUUUGUUAUUUAGUGCUGUUGAAAUGGCUAAUCAACAAGACAGAGGCAGGGCAGAGCAGGCUAUAUUCCUUGCUGAUAUGCUUCUUGCUCGAGAAAAAGUGAGUGUCAGGGUUUAUUGAGACAGUUAUCUUGCAUUAAUAUUGUUUAUGCCAAUGUUUUUGUAAAUGUUUUUCUUUAUACGGCUUUUGAUAAAUGGCUAAAUUACCAAGUGUCAUCAUACAAUGAUCACUUUCUCUCAAGCAGAAAAAUGAUGCAAAGGGCAAAGCAGCAUCUAGUAAAGGUGAAGUUGAAUGGGUGGAGAGGGAUUCGGAUGGUCGUCGAAUUCCCAAAAGGUGCAGAAUUGGAGAAACACGGAUGCAAGCCUCAGCUACAGUUGUUUCUCAGGAUGUUCGUGAGGACUCUGCCCCUUUUGAGUCAGCUGGGGAGGAUCAUGCAGUGUCCGGGUGCCCUCAACAGUUACUUGAAAAUGAGAUGCAGAAACUGUUGGAAAUUCUAACAACGGACAUUGAGACAAAGGACCAUCCGUCGAUGUCAGAAUCAUGGUCAUUGCGUCAAUCGGCAGCUCAGGAUGAGUGGCGUAAAGCAAGGCCGUAUCAUUUGAACAGUUUGCUGUCAUGCAAUGAAGUUCCCAUAAAAACAUGCUGCAACUGCUCAUCUCAAGCAGUCAUUCGUUGCAGAGACUGCAUGCCCAAUGAGUGGCUCUGCAUUGAUUGUGAUGUGACCAAAAAUCAGUCCCUUGCACUCCACAAUCGUGAGUCCUGCGUCAAUGGAAUGUUCAUGCCCAUUGAGCCAGGGCUUUGCCUUGUGCAUGAAGAUGGCAAAUAUGAAGUUGUCAGUCAAGUACGUCUGUUGCCUACUAUCAGACCGGAGUUGUGCUCCUGUGAUCCAUCAAACCUCGCGGAGUCAGCUGGCAGAUCAGUCAUUUUGGCUACCAUGAAUGGUCGGUAUGAUCUACACUUGCCGAAGUUGGCAUGCAAGUCAUGUCCAGCCCAGUGGACACCUGACCGAAAGGAUUUAAUACAAAGUGGGUAUUGGCCAGCGUCUGUCAAGAGUGACACAUUGUUUGCAGCUGAUCUGCUUGCAACAUUUGAAGGGAUGAAAACUACAGCACCCAAUCUAUCGAGACAGGGUUUUUUGCGGAUGUUGGAUGGGAGGACUUCUCACUUUGGAAGAACUGGAAAAAUACAUGGAGACAUCUUCCAAAGGAGCUUUUUGGAGAACACAUUCUGUAACUACCAGUGCGAGAAAAUGUCAAGUGUGGAGCACUUUACAUGCGCAGCAUGUACCCCAAACAUGCUGGCGCUGUGUGCAGAUGGCAACAGAAAGGUUUACCGAUUUCGGCAGUCUAAAGGGUGAGUUGUUUUUUGUUAUGUGAAAUUAACAUAUUAUUUUUACUUAAAAUAAUAUUCUUUCUUGUUUUAUUAAGGUCUGAACAACCGCAUUUUGAUGGUGCCUUCAUUGCGAAAGAUGCCGACGUGCACAGUUUUGUUGAGGACAUCAUGAGCAAACAGAAAAGUGUUGGUCAAAUUUUUGUUGCUUAUAAUACAGUGUCACCAAUUUUUUUUAUAAGAAUGAGUUAUGAAUUAUUAUGUCCCUAUUUAAGUAUCACAAACUAGUAUCUUCCCUUUCAAGAAGCCAUUGGAGCAGUAUGGAGCAUCUCUUCAAAGCAAUAUGUGCUGAUGAAAUGUAAUAUGUUGGC